AUGGCCGCAAGGCCCGACAAUGCCGAUAGUCGUGCUGCUGGAAACGACCUGCUUGGCCUGGACGACUCACGGCCUGCCUACAACUCGGGCCAGGGACCACCUGUACAUGACAAUGAAUUACUCAGUCACUUCGAUAUAGACGACUCCGACCAGCCGCAACCGCGACCCUCGACCAGCUACGACGACUUCGUGGGAGGCAGACCGUCAGGCCAGCCAGUACCACCACGUUUACCUUAUUCCGACAACAAUAGAGCCUACUCACAGACCUCGGACCUAAAUAACCUGAAUCGCUAUGCCGACGAUGCGAGUAAUGAGGACUAUGCCUCGACAUACAAAUACUACGAUGGUGGUCGGUCUUCGGACGACCAGAUACCUGGUGGUCAGGUACAUGUUAUGAGCCAUGGACACGACAGAAAUCGCAGCAGUCUGAUGAGCCUGGGUGGGAUGGUAGAUCGGGCGAAAGGCAUGCUGGGAAAAAGAGAGAGUUACUCUGACAUGAACCUACCCUUGACCGAACGUCGAGUCGAUACCGCAGGAACAGACGAACAACUACCUGUGGAAGAGAAGAGGAAGUUCAGUAUCGGCUCCAUUGCAUCCAUUUUCAAAAGGAACAAGGUCGACCCUGCCACUCUCGGCCCCAGGAUGAUAAUGUUGAAUGAUCCAGCGACCAACAAAUCCAACGGCUGGGCUGACAACCACAUUUCUACAGCCAAGUAUAACGUUGCGACUUUCCUGCCCAAAUUCCUGUACGAGCAGUUCUCUAAGUACGCAAACACGUUCUUCUUGUUCACAGCAAUUCUCCAGCAGAUUCCUAAUGUAUCACCAACAAACCGAUAUACCACAAUUGUACCGCUUUUCCUCGUAUUACUGGUCUCCGCGAUCAAGGAACUGGUCGAAGACUACAGAAGAAGGACGUCGGAUAACCAACUGAACAAUUCUAUUACUCGAGUACUCAAAGGUGGCAUGUUUGUUGACACGAAAUGGAUCAAUGUGGCUGUAGGAGAUAUUGUCAGGGUAGAAUCAGAGGAGCCUUUCCCAGCUGACAUUGUUCUGCUGACUAGCUCCGAACCUGAAGGCUUGUGCUACAUCGAGACUGCAAAUUUGGAUGGAGAGACGAACUUGAAGAUUAAGCAGGCUCUUCCAGAGACGACCUACUUGCUCAACCCUAACGACUUAGGUCGGGUACAGGGCAAGCUGAGGUCCGAGCAGCCCAAUAACAGUCUCUACACUUAUGAAGCCACCAUGACAGCUAAUCUGCAAAGUGGUAACAAGGAAAUGCCUCUGAAUCCAGAACAGCUUCUGCUCAGAGGUGCCACCCUGAGAAACACACCUUGGAUACAUGGUAUCGUCGUCUUUACAGGCCACGAAACCAAAUUGAUGCGGAAUGCGACUGCCACUCCCAUCAAACGGACUGACGUUGAGAGGAUGCUCAAUAAGCAGAUUCUCAUGUUGGUCGUUAUCCUCCUCGUGCUCAGUCUCAUCAGUACGAUAGGAGACAUUAUCAUUCAAUCCACCUCUCGCGACAAGCUGGGCUACCUGGAGUUUCAAGGCUCCUUUAAUGCCGCCAGUCAAUUCUUCCUCGACAUCUUCACUUAUUGGGUUCUGUACUCGAACUUGGUUCCUAUUUCACUGUUUGUGACCAUUGACCUGGUCAAGUACUACCAGGCAUUCCUAAUUAAUAGCGAUCUGGAUAUCUACUACCCUGACACCGACACGCCAGCUGUAUGUCGGACCUCUUCUCUUGUAGAAGAGCUCGGCCAGAUUGAGUACAUCUUCUCUGACAAGACUGGAACCCUGACGUGUAACAUGAUGGAGUUCCGACAAUGCUCGAUAGGAGGUAUUCAAUAUGCUAUAGUGGUCCCGGAGGAUCGAAGAGCCUCUACUCCCGACGAUCUCGAUGGCAUUCAUGAUUUCAAACAGCUGAAAUCAAACAUGGUCAACCACGAAUCAAGUUUCGCAAUACAGCAUUUCAUAGCUCUCCUAGCGACUUGUCAUACCGUCAUUCCAGAGCGAAAGGACGAAAAGAGUGCGAUCAAAUAUCAAGCUGCCUCACCAGAUGAAGGUGCUUUGGUAGAAGGCGCAGUCCUGAUGGGUUACAAAUUCGUCGCUCGAAAACCCAGAUCUGUUCUUGUUGAAGUUGAAGGUCAGGAGCUGGAAUACGAGCUUCUUGCAGUUUGCGAAUUCAACUCAACCAGAAAACGAAUGUCAACCAUUUUCAGGUGUCCCGAUGGCAAAAUUAGGAUAUACUGCAAAGGUGCCGAUACUGUUAUUCUGGAGAGGCUCUCAAAGAAUAAUCAGGCUGUUGAUGCAACGUUGCGUCACCUUGAAGAUUACGCCACUGAGGGUCUGCGUACGCUGUGUCUGGCAAUGCGUGAAGUACCAGAUGCCGAAUUCCGGCAGUGGCAACUGAUAUUUGAAAAAGCUGCAACCACUGUUGGUGGUAACCGUGCUGAAGAACUUGACAAAGCCGCUGAGAUCAUCGAGCAUGACUUGACAUUGUUGGGAGCGACGGCGAUCGAGGAUAGGCUGCAAGAUGGAGUUCCAGAUACUAUCCACACACUACAGACAGCAGGAAUCAAGGUCUGGGUAUUGACUGGUGAUCGACAGGAAACAGCUAUCAAUAUCGGCAUGAGUUGCAAGCUAGUAAGCGAGGAUAUGACUCUGCUCAUUGUCAACGAAGAGACGUCGGCAGCGACUCGAGAGAACAUACAGAAAAAACUGGAUGCAGUCAAUAGUCAGCAAUCUCUUGGUGCUGAGCACGAGGUACUUGCAUUGGUCAUUGACGGCAAGUCUUUGACCUUCGCGCUCGAGAAGGAUAUGGAGAAGCUUUUCUUGGAUCUAGCCAUCAAAUGCAAGGCUGUCAUAUGCUGUCGUGUCUCACCUCUGCAAAAGGCAUUAGUCGUCAAAUUGGUCAAACGUCAUGUUAAGGCCUUGACCUUAGCGAUUGGCGAUGGUGCUAACGAUGUCUCCAUGAUACAAGCUGCCCAUGUCGGAGUAGGUAUAAGUGGUGUUGAAGGUCUUCAGGCAGCGAGAAGUGCAGAUAUUGCCAUUGGUCAGUUCCGUUAUCUAAGGAAGCUGCUUCUGGUGCAUGGCAUAUGGGCGUAUCAAAGGGUCAGUAAGGUCAUCUUGUACUCGUUCUACAAGAACAUUGCCAUGUUCAUGACUCAAUUCUGGUACUCCUUCCAAAACGCGUUCUCUGGCCAAGUCAUCUUCGAGUCCUGGCUGCUCUCCUUCUACAACGUCUUCUUCACCGUCCUCCCACCCUUUGCCAUGGGCAUAUUCGACCAAUUCAUCUCCGCACGUCUCCUCGACCGAUACCCACAACUCUACCAACUCGGCCAAAAAGGGACCUUCUUCAAAAUGCACUCAUUCUUCUCCUGGGUCGGCAACGGCUUCUAUCACUCCAUCAUCGCCUACAUCUUCACCUCGUACAUCUACUACAACGACGGACCCAUGUCGAACGGCACCACAGCCGGCCACUGGGUCUGGGGCAUGGCCUCUUACACCGCCAUCCUACUCGUCGUCCUCGGCAAAGCCGCCCUCAUUACCAAUAUCUGGACCAAAUACCACGUCAUCGCCAUCCCCGGCUCAAUCAUCAUCUGGCUCGUCCUCUUCCCCGCCUACUCCUACGCCGCCCCCGCCAUCAGCACCGGCUUCAGCACCGAACUCAUCGGCAUCGUUCCUGUCAUCUUCACCUCUCCACAAUUCUACGCCAUGUGCUUACUCCUCCCUCCUGCCUGCCUCCUCCGUGACUUUGCCUGGAAAUACGCUAAGAGGAUGUAUUUCCCGCAGGCGUACCAUCAUAUCCAGGAGAUUCAGAAAUACAAUGUGCAGGAUUACAGGCCGAGGAUGGAGCAGUUCCAGAAGGCGGUUAGGAAGGUACGGCAGGUGCAGAGGAUGAGAAAGCAGAGGGGGUAUGCGUUUAGUGCUGGGGAUGAGAUGGGGCAGCAGACGAGAUUGUUGACGGCGUAUGAUACGACGAGGGGCCGUGGACAGUUUGGUGAGGCGUUGUAG